UGUUAAUAAGUAUUGAUUGAACUCCCUCGAGUAGUAUCUUUUGAAGCUGAGACAUUUAAAUCCCCCACUGAGCUGCGUUUGGCAACAUGUACGGAUUUGGUGUUGGGUUUUGACAGAAGAUUUAAUCCAACCAGUAUCUGGAUUCAUCAGAUUUAUCUUCAUUUCAGUCCAACGCAUUACAUUGUGUGUCAUUACCUAUUUGAUCACUGCACUGUCGUCCCUGCCAAGCUGCGUUGAUUGUUGUCAUCAGUAUUCAAUGAUCAUUACUUUGACCCGAUCCUGACACAAAUAUCGUUUAUGUAACCAUGGCAACAUCUUCCAUGCCAUCUAGAGCUGAUGAUUGGACUCCUGAAGAUGGAGGUCUUCAUGAGGCUUGUGGUGUGUUUGGUUGCGUUGCUGCAGGAGAAUGGCCAACACAACUGGAUAUACCUCAGCUCAUUACCCUGGGUUUGACUGGGCUUCAACACAGAGGUCAAGAGAGUGCCGGUAUGAUCACAAGUCAAGGAUCAUCCAAGAAAUAUCACAAGCACAAAGGUAUGGGUAUGGUGAGCACUAUCUUUACAGAUGAGAUCUUAGCCAAGUUGCAGGGGGAUCUUGGGAUUGGUCAUAAUCGCUAUUCCACAGCUGGGGCAUCGGAGCUCUUGAACUGUCAGCCGUUUGAUGUGGAGACGGUCCAUGGACGAAUUGCUGUGGCGCAUAAUGGAGAGCUGGUGAAUGCUGCUCAGCUUAGAAUGAAGGUAUUAAAGCAUGGUGUAGGCCUGUCCACCGGAUCUGAUUCGGAAGUCAUCACUCAGAUGUUGACCCAUGCCCCACCUGAAGGAGAACCAGAAGGCCCUAACUGGCUUGGUAGAAUACGACAGCUGAUGAAUGAGGCUCUCAUGGCUUAUUCACUUCUUAUCCUCCAUGGUAGCUCUAUCUACGCUGUCAGGGAUCCUUACGGCAACAGACCCCUCUGUAUCGGCAGGCUUGUCCGAGCAGGCCAUAUCGUUGACUGUCCAAAGGAUGAUAAUGUUGAAGGCUGGGUAGUCUCCUCUGAAUCCUGCUCCUUCCAAUCUAUCGGUGCUCACUAUUACCGCGAGGUCCUUCCAGGGGAAAUCGUUGAGAUCACAAAGACUGGUAUCAAAUCUCUGGCAGUUGUACCACGUCCUGCUGAAGAUCCACAGGCUUUCUGUAUCUUUGAGUAUGUCUACUUCUCGAGACCUGACACCAUUCUAGAAGGUCAAAUGGUAUAUUCCGUACGGAGGAGGUGUGGUCAACGCUUGGCCCAAGAAUCACCUGUUGAAGCAGACAUCGUUAGCACUGUACCAGAGUCUGCUACUCCAGCAGCAUUAGGAUUCUCAUCUGUGUCUGGCAUACCUUACAUGGAGGUGUUGACCAAGAAUAGGUAUGUUGGAAGGACGUUCAUCCAGCCAAACCAGAGAUUGAGGCAGCUUGGUGUAUCAAAGAAGUUUGGCGCCCUCACAGAGAACUUCAAGGGCAAGCGCAUUAUCAUCAUUGAUGAUUCCAUCGUGAGAGGAACAACGAUAGGCCCCAUCAUCAAGCUGCUCAAAAAAUGUGGAGCAAAAGAGGUUCACAUACGAGUGGCAUCCCCACCAGUCUCCAAUCCUUGCUAUAUGGGCAUCAACAUCCCAACUAGGGAGGAACUCGUUGCAAACCGAAUCCCUGUCGAUCGACUUGCUAGUUACUUCAAUGCUGACAGCAUCGCAUACCUGUCCAUAGAGGGCCUUCGAAUGGCUGUCACGGAAGGCAUGCAGAUUGAGGAGAGCAGAAAACAGAAGCGUCUACACUGUACUGCUUGCUUAAGUGGUGAGUACCCUGUCAAACUGGAAUGGUGAUAACAUCAUGAUAGCGUUGGAUUGGCUAUCAUAAAAAUAAACCUUGGAUUGAACUGCAGAGUGUAGACAACAGUGUUUUUCUGACAUCAUCCUUGUGAACAUUGCAUUUAAACUGUUGUAAUCAGAAGGUUCCAAUACUUAGCACAUUAGACGUCAUAUUCUUCAAGGUAUUAAUGGAUAUUGUGCUGUUCUUUAAUCUGUGAGAGCUGUGUGCUGAGUUAGCAAGUAACUCCAAAUAGCUCUAUGCACGUAAACUUAAUGUUAAUGCAGUAUUGAUGUUGGCCAAAGACUGAAGUUUCACCAGUAUGUGACAUGAACCUUUUUUAUGUCACAAUACAAGUAAUUAUCUUGUGAAUGUACUCUAUUAAAUGAAAUGAUUAUUCCAACAUUGCUACACAGGGAAUAAUUUUAAUGUACAAAUUUGAAUAGCAUUUUUGGUCAUGAGAGAAAAACUCUCAACUAAGUAAUGUACAGUCCUACAUGUAUGUAAAAAUGUGCUAUACAAAAGACUUUAUGCUUAGCAGUCUUUCAAAAAUGUGGAGCGAAUUGCAAUGCGAUACCAGGAAAAUUAUUCCCUGCUACAGAAAUUAGGACAUAACAUUUUAUUUUGAUUCAAAUUGAUAUUUGUUAGUUGCCCUCAUGUAUAAUUAUGAUGAUAUCUGGGGAGCGUUUCAUGGAAGGACUUGUCAGACGUUUUAUCCGACAAGUCCUGUUUUAUCCGACAGUUGCUAUAGUAACAGUGCUUCUCAACCAAUCAGAAUCCAGGAAAGUUGUCAGAUAUGACAACUUGUGGGACGAAAAUAUUGAUGAAACUCCCCCCAGUAUUCAAAAUCUGUGUCUUAGUACUACAGUACAAGCAGCAAAUUGAGUCCUGGCACAAUGGUGUCUUGUUUUUAACCAUGACUAGGAUAAAAAAAAAGAUGAUCACUCUUUGAUAUGCUUCUAGCUUCAAGUUAUCCCAAAACUUGUUUUUUAUGAGAAUCACUCCUCUUACAUCCCCUCGGCACACUGUUGCUAUAUGUAUCUAAGAAAAAACACAGCGGUCAAUACUAUUAGGAAAUAUUGAUAUUUAUUCUGCGCUGAAAUACAAAAAAAAAUACUGUUUACGAAAUCAUAAAUGUUCACUGUAUUGUGUAUGAAAUUGUAUUAUAAGAGCUAUUUUGAAAAUGCUUGUAUCAGAAUAUGAUAUGCUGUGAAGUCGUACUUGCAGUGUUUUUGUGCUGGAAAAUGUGUGUGUGCUGCUGCUGCAACAUUCCAGUUGGGGACUCCACCACAGGUUUAGAUUUUUUUUCUUGAGGGUUCACAAGAGUUUUCAUGAUUGUCAUUCAUUUUUUCCCCUUUGCACUGAUGCAGAUGAGUGGAUGUUACUUCAUUUUCAGUUGAUUUAGCUUGGUUAUGAGAUAUUUCAAAAACAAAUAUAAUUGGAUAUUCGCAUGUGAAUGUACCAUAUUAAUCUUAACUGUUAUUUGACAUGACGGAGAUGUUCCCAGGAGAAGCAUUUUGAUAUAUUGAAUAAGUAUGUGAAAUAGAACAGAAUACCUGAUACAUGUUGAUAAUGUUACCUAUGGUAGUUAUGACUUGUAACAUCAAGCCUCAGCCAGUCAAGAAAAAUGCUAUUGUUUGUCCUUGCUAGAAAUGUCCCUUUACUUGAACAUAAUGAAUAGUCAUAUUUUGUCGAAAUUUUUCCAAUGUGUUGUGACAAUAUUACAAAUUGAAGCAUAUAUUUUUGUUGCAAUUAUGUAUACUAGCCACUGUGUUUUUUUUUUAAUUGAGGUGUAUAUAUUUACUUGUCCUAAGAAAAAUAUGUAAAACAUUUGUACAUCUAUGGAUGAAUGAAACUAUGAAAGCCUGUGUCAUUUUCAAGAGAAUAUUUGUAUUCAUGUAUUUUGUAGCAGCAGCAGCUGUGUAGAAUGUAAUUUGUUUAUAAGAUUAAGAAUUGUAUUUUUAAAUAUAAUGUGUAAUACUGAAUGAAAUAGGUUUCAUGCCAAAAUACAGGUGUACAUGUAGUUCAGAAGCUGAUACAUGUACAUAUUUGUGUAUAUGCUGAAAAUCAGGAACAUGCCCCCAUUAUUUUUAAGAGAUUUACAAUAAAAGUAUUGACACAGCACAUGUAUACAAUGAUUAACCAGUGUUCACCAGUCAGUGUUUCCACUCUGAAAGAAAUUCCCUGAAUUCCUGGUAAUCCGGAUCAUUGUCGGGUAAUUUUCGAGUAAUGAAAAAAAAUCUAGGUAAUUUCGGGUACUGUAACUAAAAAAAUAACAAUUAAACAACAAUUAAAUGUUGCAACUUUUAAUAUUCAUGUGAAUUGUUUACCUCGAUAUGUAAUGUAGCUCAUGUUCGCAUUUCAUUUUUUGUUCCUAUUAUUAAAGAGGACGUGAACAAAGAAAUUUGAAUUCCCUGAUUUUGGACACUUGUACCAGAUUUAGGCUCAGUGUAAUUAAAAAAAUAAUCAAACUUGAAAAUUCAGGAAAUGUCUAAAUUUUGGGAAAUUUGGGAUUUAGUUUGGGGAAUUUUCUUUUUGAUUGGUGGAAACACUGUCACUAGUGUUCAUAUUUGUAUUAUUGUUAAAAAAAAUUGAGAAUGUUGCCACCAAGAUCGCACAAAAUUUGAUAAUCUUUUGUUUUCCAGACAGUUAUAUUUGGUUUUUAUUGUACAUGGAUAUUCGAUAGUGUUCUUUUGAUAUUGUGGAGACCACAAUACCACUUAAAGCAUCUUUUUUGUGUGCAGAUAUUUUAUAUGCCGAUGUAUUAUUUGAAUGUUAAAUUUUUGCAGUACUAGCACUUUCAUAAGCCUUUUCAACCAAGUAUAAUAUUUUUUGUUGUAAGAAAUAAAAUUCUAUAGGACUUCAUAAAGCAAGGAUAGAUUCAACCACCCUCAUUAUUCUCUUAUAAUAACUUGUGAAAUAUUAUUAGGUAUAUUCAAACUAUACAUAUGAAAUAGAAUUGUCUACAAGAGGUUUGAAAACAUGAAAUAAGGAAAACACACAUGGUUAUUUAUUGAAAUGGAAGAGAUGGCCAUUUUAGCAAAAUAUGAAAUUAUCAUGUUCAUAGAAUGUUACAACUUAUAUUCGUCAUACAGUAUGAACUUUGCAGCUGAUUGGCUAUCCUUUUACUUUAUGAUCAUUUGCAUUGAGCAGCUAAAAUUUAUGAACAGUAUGUUUAGCUAAAGUUAAAAGUAUUCAUUUAUAGGAAUACAGUAUUGUACUAUUAAGUAGAAUAUAAUUCAAUUAAAAAAAAACACAGAGACACAAACUUGAUUAAGGCAUAGUUAAUGCCUUACAGGAAAAGAGAGGGAAACUUCAUGGAAAUACAUGUAGAAUUAGUUUUGAGGAAAAAUAAUGGUACAUAAUGAAAUAACUAAAUGAUUUAGGUUGUGGCCAAGACUGCCCUGUAAAUGCCCAUGAUUACUGCUCGGAAUGCUAAUUUUCAUUUCUUGUUGAAAUGUCCAUAAGUUUGAGCUUGCGAUUCGCGCUCGCAACAUCUCACAAUUAGGCACCAUGAUUAAUCACAAAGAGAGUUUUACAACUUCAGAUUUGAUUUUUUUUCCAAACAAAAAUAAAAAAAUUAGGCCUAAAUAUAUAUCUUAUUAUAAUCUAAUAUCACUUCAAAGGGGCUUUGCUCCACUUAAUUACUACAAAAACACACAUGAAUUUGCGAAUAUGAUAAUCUUAUGGGCAUUUUCAUGGUAACUGACGUUACACGGCACAAUUUUAUACACUUUUUAUUGUGUGUAUGAUUAUCUCUAAGACAACAAAUGAUUGGAGUUUGCUUAAAAGCAAACAUCAUAUUUACCCCAUUUUUCAUGAAGUAAUCAAAUAGGACCUGUUUCAUAAAUCUCAACAUUUUUUUUGCAAUAUCUGUCAUAAGCUACUGAAAUCAUACCAUCUGAUUGGCUGAGGUUGAACAUUUGUUGAUAUGACAGCUGGUUUUUCUAAAGCUAGUUGAUAUCGAACAAUAUCUUGGAAUCACGAAUGAAUUGAUAUCUCAGUCUUGAGUUCCACUGUAGAAAUGUCUUGUUUGCUUUCAUCAUUAUUUUGUCCUUACUUGCCUUGUGUUUGAGUUUCAGCUUUUGCACAUUUUUUCUGUUUGUGUCAUGAUUUAUUAGUUCCAAGCCCAGCAAAAAAAGGCAGUAGUUUUUAUUAUUUAUCUAUAUAUUGUAUGCAUUUAAAUUAAUAUUUUGCUAUCCUUUGUUUCAAGUCAGUUAUUGCACAAAUUCCCUUUCUUACAACUUUAAUUAACUUGUAGCACUCUUCAUCAUGAAUUAGUGUGAAUACUGCUAUGAAUAUUAUAAUGAAUAUGAAAUUGAUACACAGAUAGAGCUGGGUGACCUUGAAAUUCUUCCAGUAUUUUAUAUCAUUGAUAAAAUGUAUGUGUGAUAUAUCAAAAAUUAUGUUGUGAUGAGAGUAUGGAAUGAUUAUAUUUGGGUUUGGAAUGUGGUUGUAAAAUUUGUAAAAAAAUAUAUUAAUUUCUCUGUAGCUUCAUGUGUGAAUUAAAAUGGUAUGGCUUACAUUUUGAAAGGAAUGUUUAAUCUUGCAGUUUCAGUCAGACAUAUUAGAAGUAUGGAAAAUGGAAAUGAUUUACACUUGCAAAUGCAGAAAGAUCUUUCAUGUUUUAGUAAAGAGGCUGGCUGGAGGAGGGGGUCCCAUUGAGCUUUGAAGAUCAUUUUAAUACCCAGUAACCUUUAAAAUAUUGGGUCUGUACUUUUCUACUUAACAUAAUCAUAGAGAUAUGGAUUGGAAGAGGGUUGUAUCUAAUAUAAAUGAAAUAAUAAUAGAGACAAUAGGUCGAAUCUCACUCUCUGCAAUUCAUAUUGUCUAAAUUUUGCAUUUCAAUUAUUCAACUGAUUUGUGAUAAAUCAUUUAGCAGGAAGCCUAUGAAUGUUAUUUAUGCAAGGGUUGUUGCUGUAGAUUAUACAAAUUACAUUUUUGCACAUUUCACAUUUUAUUUAUAAUUAUCUUUUUUUUUACUGUUAUGCAAUGAGGUUUAUAUUCACUAACUCGUUUUAGAGUUAUUGAUGCGCAUAUAGAUUCCAAGUUUGUUGUGGGUAUGUUUCGUUAGUGUAUUGAUAAAUGUGAGAAAAUAAUUGCAUCCAUUUCCAGUUGUCUACACCUUUGCACAAAAUUAUAAGGAAAAUGGUAUUUUUACUGUCUUCAAAUCAACAUUCUUCUUAUCAGCUACGUUCGUUGUUAAGCCCCUUCUUACAUUCUGACAGGUGGUGCAUGAUUGUGUAAACCCUGUCAUAUGUUUUAUACCACUCUUUUAUAGUACCUCUCUUACACAAUUAAAUAGUGACUACCACCCCCCCCCCCCCCCCGUUGAAAGCUCAAGUAAAUCUUGAAAUAUUAUCACAACUACAUUGAGGACCACCCAGGGUAAAUAAUUUAAUUAUCUGUUUUCUCCAUAACAGAUAUCAUCCUCGUGCAGGUUAAGUUUUUGGAUAUUGAAUGAAUAUUCUCUUUCUAAAAUGAUAUGCUGCAAUUCGGAUCACUAUUUGUGUCUAUCCAUACCUUACAUUUAAACAUGUUACCAGAUUUGUCCUAUGUUUUACAGCUUUUUUUCUCUCAUAUUUUCUUUCAGUUUCACCAACUUGGAGAUAUGUGGUUGUAAAUUAAUAAAUGAUUGAAUUCUCUUUUUGCAAUA